CAGCUGAUUGAACAUGGCGGACACGAGUUGUGUCGAAAUUUAGACUCUAUCAUGUGUUAUAUCAUGAAUAUGAUAUGUUUAUACAUGUUUAUGUAGUAUAUUUUAUGUAUAUUUAUAUUCAGAUACAUAAAUUUUUUGUGAUAAAAAAAUGAUAUAGGCUUUAAUCAUCAAGAGUCGUGAUAAUAAAGUGUAUUGAAAAUUUCAGACUUUCUAGUGAAGUGAUAUUUUAUUUAAAGAUUGUUAUGCUCUCAAAUAUAUUUUUUAUUUCGGAUCAUGUACCUUUCUAACAUAAACAUUUGUACAAACUUUCAACAAUUUUUUGAGUGUUGGAUAGUGUGAUGAAGAUAUACUCCUGUAUUCAUGUAUUCAUAAUACUGUAGUAUCUUAUUAUUCUUUUUGAGCUACUCAAAGUCAAUUUGAUUUUAAAUCUUGGAAUUUACUUUAAAUAGACAUUAGUAAAAUCAAUAUUUAACUUUGUUAUUUGUUAAAUUAUUAUAAUGAAUAACAAAAAACGACGUAGAAAAAAUAUUCUGGAUGAAAAUUCUAUAAACAUUCAAAAUAAUGGAAUAUCUAGUAGCUCCCUUAUCAAUUUAGUGGAACAAUACAAUUCAGAUAGUGAUGAUGAUGAGCCCGAAACCGAUGUUAGACAGGGUUUGAAUGCUAAAGUCAACGAUUUUUUCAAGGAAAUUCAAUAUAUUACAGAACAAAACAAAGAAUCUAAUAUUCCCAAUGUAAAUAACCAAAACGCCGUUAAAUCUAGCGAGCCUUCUUCAGCAUGUGACAAAAUUUCUUCGUUGUGGCAAGAGUGUUACGACGAGUCUACCGGAUAUCCGUAUUAUUGGCAUAUUGAAACCAAUGAAGUUACUUGGGAUAUACCAAAAGAGCUCAAAGAACUGAAAGAAUCAUGUAAAUAUCAAGAUAAAAUUGAGGCUAAUCCUAAGAUUAAAACUUCCGAUGUUCCGAAAUCUAAUAAACCAGCGGAUCCACAAAAAAAAAAUAACCCAUCAAACGAAACAGUUAAAACAAAUCUCUCAUGGAGUAAACAAAAAUGUGAUCCAGGUAAUUCAAAAAAAAAAUUAUCGGUAAAAAAAACGAAACCAAAAGAUAAAAGUGAUGAUUCUGAUGAUGAUUUCAGCACUAUUGAAAUGAUCACAUCUUUUGGAGAUGAUAACUCUGAAUCAGAUCGAAGUGACGACGAUGAUGAAAGAAAUGACGACGAAUCACAAGCAAGUAAUUCAUCAAAAAAGACUAAUAAUUAUGAAUCAAAAAAUCAAGAUGUACAGAAUAACCAUGAUAGAGGAGUGGAUGAUGGUAAAAAUGAAUAUCAAAUAAAACCAGAAAAACCUUCAAGUAGUCGAAUUAGUAAUUAUUCUUCAACAAAUAGUAAAUCACAAGAUGAAUCUACUGAGUAUAAGAAUGAAAUGAAGCCUUGGUUCAUAUCUGGUUACACGGACAAUUCAGAUAAUGAUGACAGUUUGAAUAGCAAAAAAAUCCCUGCAAAUACACUUUUUCCUUCUUCAUUUUAUAAAUCUAGAUCAGACGACCUAAAAGCUGGAAAAAAUUCAGAUCAAUCAGAAUUACCAUCAGAUUUAGUAGAAUUUUCAAGUAAUGAAGAAUCAAUGCAAAUGUUUAGUAAAAAUAACGAAUUACCAAAGAUUAAUCGAACUUUAGAAAAUAUAAGUACAUCGAUGAAAGGGUUUCAACGAAAAAGGCGAAUUGCUUUUGAUGUGUUAGCCAAUUCACGAGGAAAUGAUGAACGUCUUGGUUUAGGAUUUUUAAAAAGGCCUUUAAUUGAUAAUGAUAAAAUCGAUAAUUCAACUAAAGACAUCUCUUCUACUGUUUCUUUUGAAGAAAAAAAACGUAGUUUAGGCAAAUAUUCUAUCGAUUUUAUCAAAGGUGAAACGAUAGAGGUAAAAAAUGAAAUCUCGAAGACCGAAAAUUAUAUUUUUACGCAUCAAGUACAAAUACUCAUAGAAAAAUUGAAAAUUUUGUGCGAAAAAAAUGGAGAAAUACCUACUGCUCAAGUACUGAAUAUUCAACUACAAGCUCUUUCAAAUGCCUGGGAGUCUGGUGAUUUAACUGAUAGUUAUUUUUUUAAUUGGUUAAAUGACACAAAAAAAGUUGUUUCUCAAUUAGAAGAAGCUGCUGCUCCUCCUGAAUGGGAUUAUCUUUGGAAUAAAGAUUCUAAAAAAUAUUACUAUAAAAAUAAAAUAAGUGGAGAAAUACAAUGGUCUUAUCCAGAUAUUAUUGGUGGUGCUGAAGAAAUGGAAAUAUGUACGACACCUCCAGCAGCCUCAUCCCCAGUUCAUCAGCAAGAAAUAAAAAUUAUUGAAUCUAAUGUUUUUGAAAGGCUUCAAAGUAAUUUAGAGCAAUCGCAAAGUGCCAAACUACUCAAAGAAAAAAAUAAUACAAAUGUAAUAAAUCAAAAUCCAUCCCAAGAAAGUGAUAGUUCUGAUGAUAAACACGACAAAAUUCAAGCAUUAAUUGAUAAUACGAGUCAGUCAUGUGAACUAACGGCACCAUUACCUCCUCAAAUAUCUGUACCAAGUCCUCCACCGCCACCCAGAAUAUAUGCUGAUGAUUUAAAAAAGAAAAAUAAAUCAAAUAACAAAAAUCAAUCGAAAGUUUCUCCAAAUAAUAAUAGUAAUGAUAAAACAACGAAUGGUAUUGAUGAAAGUGAAAAGAAGAAUAUAAUGAAUAUACCAGAAAGUACUUCAACUACUUGUGAAGUGUUAUUACCAUCAUCUAAUACUCAUUUAACUGUAGCAAAUACACCUUCACAUAUUGAACCUCUUCCACCUGGUGUAGAUCAAACUGAAAGUCCUUAUGCCAUCGCUGCUGCAUCCAUCGAAUCACCUGUAAUUUUUUCUACUGCUCCACAGUCUAAUGCAUCAAUUUAUGCAGCAGCCAUACCAAAUCCAACGAAUAUUUCUAUAAUAGGGCAUCAUCCAGCUUUGGUUCAUAAUCAAAUUGUACAUUAUCCAGCUGUUUAUCAGCAUCUACAUGAUCAAGCUAUAAUUGCUGCUGCAAACAGAUUUACUAAUCCGGAAGCAGUUCAAUUAAUGCUUCAUCAUCCAGGCAUUUAUGCAAAUACUCAGGUGAUAUCAAAACCUCCUAUCAAUAUGAAAAAAGAAUCUUUGGGUUCUGCUGUUGAUUCAUUUUACAACGAUAUUGCAUCUCUUGAAAAAAGUCAAGCUACUACAAGUGAUAAACAAGAAGUCAAAAAUAUUCAAACACCUACGUUGCAAUCCACUCUACAUCAGGAAUCUUUAUUUAUGCCAAUCAAAACUGAUUGUCAACCUUUUUCGUCAUCUCCCACAACUGAUAAUUCUAUCAAAGAAAAAAAAAAGAAAAAGGUUAAAAUUGUUAUAAAUAAAAAGCAUAAAGAAGUAUCAAGUAUGGUGGCUAAGUGGAAAAAGGCGCAAAAUUUUCAAGAUAUCAAUUGACACAAUAAUGCUUGAAUUAAACGAAUUUCUAGAGAAAAUUACAAUUAAAUUUUAAUAAAAUUAUUAAUUUAAUUUUUAAGAAGUCACAGAGCUGUCUAUAAUACUUAAUUGAUUUAAAUUUAAUUUUAAGUACACAUUAAUUAUUUCACAUGUAUAUAUGCAAAAAAAUAAUUAUAUAAGUAUGAGUAUAACUAAUGAAUAAUAACAGAAAUAGAUAAAACAUAUUUUGUAAAAAAAAGCUUAAAUAAUGAACAGUGGAGAUUCAUAAAUCAUGAAUUUAAGUCAUAAUAAAAUUAAAAUAAUAUA